AUGAGUACAUCUGGACACUUUCAACACUCUCGACUCUCACUCUCAGGGAAGUUUAUGCGCCUCUUGCAAAUCCAAGGCUCGACCACAGCAUCUAUUUCCAGUAACACGAGUAGCAGUGUUAGUAGCAAAAGGGAAGCCCCUAUCUCGCUCCGCAUCACACAGUAUGCUCUACACCGCCGGCCGCCGUACGUCGCAAUAAGCUACACUUGGGGGAAUGCAGUGCGCACGCACGAGAUCCGCGUCAACGGCCGACCGUUCUUGGUGAGAGCCAACCUGUACAAUCUCCUCUGGCACCUGAGACAACGUGGCGAAAGUCGCUUCCUCUGGAUCGACGCCCUGUGCAUCGACCAAGCCAAUCUCGAGGAGAGAAAUUUCCAUGUCCAAUUGAUGGGAAGCAUCUACGAUAGCGCCGACAGAACCAUAGUAUGGCUGGGUCUACCAAGCGAGGACAGACGACAAGCCAGGGCGCUUGAAUUCGUGGCAGAACUGGCAUCCGCAAUGUCCCCGACCUCGACCUCUCAUCCCGGCGGCAACAAGAUCGAGCGAAGAUCACAUGCGGCCAACCAGGACAAUUGGGAACGAUUGUACAUCACUGGUAGAGGCAGCGGGAAUGCCGCCUCCGCCAAUGUGAACACGAGCGCGACAAGUACAAUUGCCAAACUCGAAGGGCGAUGGCGUAACCUUCUCGACCUGUGCCGCGGUGUCUACUGGACACGCACAUGGAUCAUUCAAGAAUUCCUCCGGUCGCCAUCUCUAGAAGUACUCGUCGGCACAGCAAGCCUGGACUGGAAACUAUUCGAGGUGGUCGUGGGUACACUCAAAUCCACGUCCCUACUGUGGUCCCCUACGGCCACCACCACCACCAUCAUCACAACACUGGUUGACCAAUUCAUGCACACCCUCCCCGUGCGCCUCACCCUCCGUCGAACACACCAUUCCCAUUCUACACUCUCCGACCUCGUGGCCGAGUUCUACGAUUCCAGAUGCGCCGAACGCCGCGACAAAAUCUACGGCAUCCUCGGCAUCGCAGACGACUGUGACGACACUCGAGGCCCGCAGCCGGACUACUCCAAACACAUCGUCGAAGUAUACUUUGAAGUCUACAGAUAUCUCUGUGCGUGUCUCGAAGCGACAACUUCUCCUUCUGCCUACCAGAAGGUGUUGUUUGCACAGACCAUAUCUCUCACGAUUCGAGCUCUGAACAUAACGCAGGCCGACGUAGAAAGUUAUCUCUCUGCCACCUCUUUGACCUCGACCUCAACUGCGAACGAUGAUGAUGAUGGCAAAGCCACCGCCAACACGACGCUUGAAAGUCUCGUCUUCAACUUGAGACCAGACUACGUCAACACCAUCGACGAAGUCCUCCCCGGAUGGACUAGUAUUCGUGAUCUACGGCAACGCCUCGAUCAAGUUCCCUGGGAGAAAUACGUAGGUCACGAAGUCGUGAGAAGAAAGACGUCACGACAUCCAUCUACUUCAAAUACCUCGACAUCAACCUCGACACCGUUACUUACGCCUACAUCUACGCCGACACAGACAACCCAGCCGUCGAGCAAUGCUGGUAGCACUACAAGCAACACCACCACCCCCCCUUCCUCGGCAAAAGGAACAGAAUACGUUAGGGCCCCUUUACCUCCCGACCUCCUCACGACCAUCAUCGCGGCCGCCUCAACAACACACAACGUCGCCCUGGCCAAUCUCUACAACUACGAAACUUGUCGAACGAGACAAACGCAACCGACAAUGAAACCGACAUGUCGAAUCCCACACGAAACAAUCUUGAGUCACGAACAAGAUAAACGACUCGCCGACAACACCAAGUUGGCCAAACCGAGCGUCAUCAUCGAAUCGAACCCGAACCCGGGGUCCGCCGCCGCCGGUGGCAACAUAUCUGACCCCUUCCUCCGCUUGGGGUUCGCGUGCACCAACGUCAAGAGGGGCGACCUGAUAUGUCAGUUUCGCGGCGUCGACGUUGCCGUCGUCGCCAGACGUGUCUCGACCGGAGGCGGGUUGAGUCUCGUCGGUCUGGCUCGCAUGGUCGGUCAUUCUGCCCUCAGAGAGCGUGGUGUACACGCCGGAUGUGAGACCACUGCCCAGCAAGCCUCGCAAUCGCAAUCGCAACAGCAAUCACGAUCAGCAAAAGGUAAAGACAACGACAACGACAAAAACAAAGACAAGUCGUGGUGGUGGUCUGGUAUUGUCCUCCCUCCGGGUGUCGACGAGAAGAACGUUCAUACAAACACAAACACGCAUAAUCGUACGCAUGAUCAUCAUGAUUAUAUCAUCGAGACGGAUCCGCUUAGUCUUUGGGAACUAUUUAGACCGAGAUACGAAUAG